CAAUACUGUGCAUAGCGUGCAUUGAAACGCUCUUUCACUGUUUCCUCGGCCACUGUCGGGACUUAGGCUUAGUUGUCGAUUGAUAAAGAACGUGAUUUAAAUGUAAUAUUGGACUAGCUGGAGUUCAAGGCAAGGCAUGCUUGUGUUGUGUGUAAACAAACAAGUCAUGCAAUUACUCAUUACUGAGGCGUAGUCAUUGUAGUAGUCAUACUGACAUGGCUGGCGUAUACUACUACAACUAGGGCCUAGGCCCAGAAGUAGUACGAUGGGUCACAGUCAUAGCAGCGGUGCCAACAAGCACGGCAGUCUGUGGGAAUGGCGAGACUUUGUCUUUUCACAGGGACAUCUGCUCAAGCAGUUGGCUACACUUAAAUAUGCAGAUUUUGUCCAGGCAGUAGACAGUCUCAACACCAUUUCCAACACAUUAAGCAGCUCCAAAGGCAGGUACCUCAUCUUCAGCAUCAUUCCAGGGACUGACUGCACAACAAUACUUUGGAAGUCUCGUGUCAGGAUUCAGUGUUGCAAGAUGAUGUAUGGUGAUGACAAGUGUGAAUCUACGCGGACAAUGACACUCCGACAGUUCGUGCAAGUCUACGACAGUAUCAUGCAACAGUGCCAGAGUAUUGAAGAUCGACUGAACACAAGCGAAGCCUGCAAGGACGCAGCAUCAGGAGGUGGUAACGAUGACGCGGCGAGGUGUACGUGCGGCCUGGACAGGGCUCCAGAGGAAGAAGCAUCAGGGGCAGAAGGCAGGGAGGAGCUAGGUGAAUUGGAGGAGGAUGACCAACCACAGUCAAGGACGCCAGGUGGUUGGCUGGAGGUAUCAACAAUAUUUGCAACUGUGGAGCAAGUCUCCCUUGAGUCCAUCGAUGAAGGGGAUUGUUGCAUUUGCAUGGAGAAGAAGGCCGACAUAGUCCUGAGCUGCACCCACACCUACUGUCAGCUGUGCAUUGAAGACUGGAGAAAGCAACACAAUACCUGUCCCAUGUGCAUGGAUGACAUGGGCAAUGCCAAAGACCUGUGGGCACUCCCGGACAAACCCGACGCUGACGAGAUGACAGCUUACCUGAUGAGCAUCGCUGACAGCAAGGAGCAACGAAGAGGAGGGAAUCCACAAGCGAGCAGGCAGCAGGUGGAAGAAUGGGAAGCGGUGUCGUUUGAUUGAGUCCAGCGUUUCAGUGAGUCAGUGGUCAUUCAGCACUUACAAUGCAACGACUGCCAAAUAAGUAUUAAACGGCAGCUGUCAGCCUUCUGUGUCUUCUCAUAAACUCCAUUCCGGUACAGAAAGUACAGCAUUGCAUUCCUUGCAUGAGGGUUAUGACUACAAGUGAAUGCAAUUGGACAUCGUCCAAACUGUGAUGACCGGUGAGCCGUGAAGGCUAAUAGUCUUGGCAGCCAGGCAGCAAGACAUGGUUGUCUGAGGAUUUACAUGUACCUGUAGCCAUGCACACAUGUUGUAUCGCAAAAUCUGGUCAGGAGCUACAGGUUACCAUUUGAACUACCAGGUUGAUGAGCUGACAUUGUCCACCACAGUGCUAUCGUAGUUUCAGAAUAUGUUGAGAUAUACUUAAUUUGUAUAUUGGGUAGAGAUAUGAUUGACCACAAGACUAACAACCGUGCACUGUUGUGUUUUAGAGCAAGUGAAGAUGAGUUUCCUAUUGGUCAGUGCCGUUACACACGAAAAGUUAAGUCUUAUUGGAUACCGAAGUUAUUACCAACUUUUUGGGUUGUUAUGAAAAGGUGGACACGAUUGUGAGCUGCAUGCAACAAUGAAGAGGGCUUUCUUUUGCCUACUUUUUCAGUAUUACUCAUUAGAGACGAUCGUAUUCUUACUCUGAUUCCCAUGCCUCAAACUGAAUAGUGACAUUCAGGUGUAUGUCUUACAUGCUCUUCGACCUAUCUUUGAGCAGUUUUGUUGAGUUGCAGUGUUCUACUGGCCGUAAGGCAAGAACAUGUGCAUGCAAUAUGCCUGCCAGUGACACCCAGCUUGGCACCACAGCAGUAACCAAAUUCUGGUUGUCAAAUAAAGACCCAAGAUCUUCUAAGAGAGUUUUGAGCAUCCGUUUGGAAAGUGGUUACAUUUCAUUUGUAAAGAACACACUUUGAAGGAAAACAAAAUUAUCAAAUUUACAAAAGUUUUACCUUGAGUGGUCUGGAUGUGAGUUGUACGAGAAGGUCUUCUAAUUAAUUUUUAACUCAAUAAAAUGCAAGACAAUUGUUUAAUGAAAUCAACUCAUUCAGUCCGCUGUUGCUUUGGUAUUCUCAUCUCCUUUUUUCUCUAGUUCUUGCUGAAUUUUUAAUUGCAACAUUAUUUUUGGAGUAAUCCUGUACAGAGACACCGAAGAUUGGCCUAGCCACAGGUGCUGCACAUUUGUGAUAACUAUCUAUUUGUGAAAUUGUAAAGAUUUGGUAUGUAAUACUUAAUUUAUUCACCCAGUUGUGUAUGUUAUUAUGUUUGACAUGUAUCAACGAUAUACAAUGUAAAUAGUGUAUGACAUUGUGUGUUAGUUACAUGUACACAACACAAAUCUUUGUAACAUUAGUUUUAAAACUGUAUCGAGGUUAUCCAUGUAGGUAAUUGUAAAUGAUCUAAACAAGUUUGAUUGUUCAACACAACAAUUUUUCAACAGUCUUAGCUUCUAUCUUUUAUUAUAUGGUAACUUAAACAUGUAUAAGUUUUAACUGAAAAACAUGUAGUUCUCAAGAAGUUUAGUCCACUUACGUGCAAUAAGCCAGAUAGACAUCUUUGUAUGCCA